AUGGGGAUAGAUAGAACCUGUUUCUACAAUAGGGGUGGUACUAUUGCACUUAAUAAGGCCUUAGGAUACGGAUUUUUAAAUGUAAGAGGUACUCCUUUGCUAACCAAAGAUUAUAGUUUUGAGAAUAUUAGUGUAAGCUAUACAAUUGAAGCUAAAUUCAUUGACAAAUUGAAUGCUAAAAAUCAAAAAGAUCCUUUAUCACAACACGAGAUCAACGACCCAAAUUCACUGGCUGAUUACGUUAUCUCAAAGAACAGUCAAUAUUACUUGAGGUUUGUUCCAGAUUUCAAGGAAAAAUAUAAAUAUUACAAUGAAGGUUUUCACUACGGUACUGGGACUUUUGGAGCAAUAGGGAUCGAUGGAAAAUUAUUCGAAAACUUUCUUCAUUUGAAUACAUGGAGACAAAUUUAUGAAUUGAACUAUAGCAUAGAGAAAGAAAUAGAUUCAAAAUUAGCAAGAGAAGAAUUUAAAGAUCAGGACAUGAAACAAAAGAAUUUGUCAAUCGAUUGUACGUUAACAGAUUCAAACAUAUAUUUUUUGAAUAUGAAAGAGCAUUUUUUACAGAAUAAUUGUACCCAAUUUGAAUUUAAUGAAGAUCAACAGCUACGUGAUGAAAAGAUGAUUGGAUCAAAAAUUCCCGUUACUAUAUAUGGGAAAAAGAAGAAGAAGAUUUUGUCAUCGUUGGUUAGGAUUGGAGAGCUGAAGUUGCAUGUCAGGGUGCCACACAAAGUUGUACCUUACGCUUCACCAAAGUUGUUAAUGAAAUAUAAUAACGAAAACUUGGAUGAUUUUACAACAUUACGUACUGUAGCUUCAACACCGCUUUUGUCUGAAAAAAAUAAGUUGGCUUCAGUUAAAUCAAAUGAGCUAACCCCAAGAAUGUCUGCUACCUCUUCAACUAGCAUCAGCGAUCUUUACAACAGAAGUGAAUCAGAUGUACUUGGCUCGGUUGAUAUAUUGUUGUCGUUUGUACCUUUCGAUAAUGCUACAAAGCCCCCUCAGAUAAACAGCAUAGAAACUAACCUUGUGUUUUGGACAUACAAUACUGAAUUUCCCUUACCCGUGAAACUUGAGUACGACUUCUUCUAUGCAAAUCCAGAUGAAAAUAAGAGUAAACUGCUAGAUGAUGUUGAAAUUACGAGGAAUAACUUGCAAUCAUUAAAAGAUCAGGUAUAUAAUUAUAUUCAAUUCUUACAGGCUAACAAAAUUUACAUUUCAAAGGCAUCUUACUUAUAUUUGAAGUCAAUAAAGACAUUAGGAAUUAAGAAAGAUACAGUCAAAGAAUAUUUCAAGACAAUUUCGAAUUCUACCAAUCCAGAAUUAUUGAAUAAUGAACAAGAUUGGAAAGCUAAACAAAUGCCAAAUAAGAAUAUCAAGUGGGAAAGAGAGCUUAAAAUACCAUUAACUACAAUUAAUAAGAACAAUAUAAAUUUAAUCCCCAGUUUCCAAAGCUGUUUGGUGGGGAGAAUAUACUGUUUACAAGUUCUUGUUAAAUAUAAAGGAGGUGGUGGUGAUCAGGAUGAAUUUGCAGACAAUAUAGUGAAAAUCGAUGUUCCAAUUCUUGUUGGAUGA